AUGAGCAAUUGUCGAGCAGUGAUUGUAUCUGAAGAGACCAACAUCAACGCCAUCAACGUCCUGCAGGCUUACUACAAGAGCGACUCGUCUCGCAUGUUUAAUGACUUUCGCCAUCCUGAUCUGCCUUCUCUGAAGUCAACAGGCCAUAUAUUUUUAGACAGGCCAGAUAUUUUUACUUCAGACAGGCCAGAUAUUUUUACUUCAGACAGGCCAGAUAUUUUUACUUCAGACAAGCCAGAUAUUUUUACUUCAGACAAGCCAGAUAUUUUUACUUCAGACAAGCCAGAUAUUUUUACUUCAGACAAGCCAGAUAUUUUUACUUCAGACAGGCCAGAUAUUUUUACUUCAGACAAGCCAGAUAUUUUUACUUCAGACAAGCCAGAUAUUUUUACUUCAGACAAGCCAGAUAUUUUUACUUCAGACAAGCCAGAUAUUUUUACUUCAGACAAGCCAGAUAUUUUUACUUCAGACAAGCCAGAUAUUUUUACUUCAGACAGGCCAGAUAUUUUUACUUCAGACAGGCCAGAUAUUUUUACUUCAGACAAGCCAGAUAUUUUUACUUCAGACAGGCCAUAUAUUUUUAGACAGGCCAGAUAUUUUUACUUCAGAAAGACCUCAACGUUCACCGUCUACACAUUCAAUUAA